GCCGCGUCGUCUCUGUCUUUGUGUUUAUCGCCUCUCAAACUCAACAAAACAGAUCUAAAUCGCUCAAAGUCGUCGUCGUCUCUCUUCUCCCGAAAUCAAAAACGGUUGUUAUAUAUAAAAAAGAAAUGGCUGAGGCAACGCCUGCUUUGAGGAAGCCAGUGUUCACAAAGGUUAAUGAGCUGAGACCAGGAACCAACGGUCACUCACUCAACGUCAAAGUUGUUAGCACUAAGAUGGUGAUGCAGAGAGGAGGUGGAGGUCGUCCCAGUGGUCCUCAGGCUCGUCAGAUGCGUAUUGCUGAGUGUUUAGUUGGUGAUGAGACUGGAAUCAUUAUCUUUACUGCUAGAAACGACCAAGUGGAUUUGAUGAAAGAGGGCAGUGUAGUGACUCUGCGCAAUGCAAAGAUCGACAUGUACAAGGGGUCUAUGAGGCUUGCGGUUGAUAGAUGGGGACGUGUUGAAGUUGCGGAAGAGCCUACAGACAUCACCGUCAAAGAAGAUAACAAUCUUUCGCUGAUUGAGUAUGAGCUUGUGAGCGUCGAAACUUGAUAUGUUUCCUCCAACAAAAAGAAAGAAAGCAGACUCAGCAAAACUGUUCUUUGUUUUGAAAAUCUCAGGUUGCCCUCUUUUUUUGUAGAUUGAUUCUCUCUAUUUACACAUAUCAUGGGAUCUUUCUCUUGUUUUUAGUAUUCGUAUUUUUACAUGGAAAUUUUUAUAAAUGGAUACUCUCACGCAGAGAUUAGUUUGGUCCAA